UUCCCGGAGCGCCGGCCGUCGCGCCCGCAUUUGCCUCACCGAGCAAGACCGAGUGAGGGAGAUCGCUCAGGUCAACAGUGUGGCCGGCAUGGACAUGGAGGCGAUUAUUGCGAGCGCCAAUCAUCUUCUUGAGAUGGCCGGGGGCACCCACCCACAUCUGGAUGCUCUAGGACGCCUCCGGCGGGUGCUGGACGUCACUGCGGCACAUUGCAUCUCUGACCCCACCUUCGGUGAUUCUUUCAAACAUAUGUUGGACGACUUUGUUGGCAAUUUCAGCAAUGACACCAGGAAGGUGGACAACCUCACCGCUCGCCUCCAGGCCACGCGCAGCCAUAAAGGCCACCAUAAAGGCCGCUGCCACGGUGUCUCCCCCACUGCCCAGCUCGCCGGCCUUCAUGGAAAUGAUCUAUUCCGUGCACUGAUGGCCCUGCACCUGCCUGUGACCGCGCCUGCGGAGCUGUGCCUUGAGGUCGCUCUCGCCGCGCAGAACCUCAUGGCGCAUGACCAGCUCGACCUUUUCAUCCACCUCUUUGAGGAGGCCAUCGUGCAGGGGCAGGGCGACACUAUGGCGAUCAACGAGUACAACCUCAUGGCCUUCAUGGACCACAGGAAAACCUUGGAUAAGUUCGUGCAAGAGCACAUUGACCUCGCCGACGCCGCUGCCACCUCACGUGCAACAACUGGCCGAGCGAAGUAAAAGCUCGAUUGCCAUAGUUAAGCUAGCUAGCUGAAAGUAAGACGAAGGAGCCAGGAGGGUCAUUGAUGGAUCCUUAGCAUUCUUCCUGGUGUAGUUUGCUGCAUCUCAUUAUCGUGCCAAGAACAAAAACAACUAGUUAUGUAUGUAUUAUGCUACUUGUCAGCGAUCCAGUGUGUCUUAAGUAGUACUAAUAGUUCUAUCAAACUGCACCCUAUAAGCUUCACAUCAUACAA